AUGGGGCAGGAGCUGCGCCGAGCCCGCACGCCUCUGGCUCUGCUGGGGCUCUGCUUGGCCACGGUGGCGCGGUCGUUCCCCCUCACCGACGCCGGGCCCCAUGUCAAUUACGGCUGGGGGGAGCCCGUCCGGCUCAGGCACCUCUACACCGCCAGCAGGCACGGGAUGGUCAGUUUCUUCCUGCGGAUCGACGGCGACGGGCGAGUGGACGGCGCCGGCGCGCAGACCCUGCACAGUUUGCUGGAGAUCAGAGCCGUGUCGGUCCGCGUGGUGGCCAUCAAGGGGGUGCACAGCUCUCGCUACCUUUGCAUGGAAGAGGAAGGGAGGCUGCGCGGGCUUCUCAGAUAUUCUACAGAGGAUUGUUCUUUUGAAGAGGAGAUUCGUCCAGAUGGCUACAAUGUCUACAAGUCAAAGAAAUAUGGAGUUUCGGUAUCUUUAAGUAGUGCCAAACAAAGACAACAAUUUAAAGGGAAAGGUUUUCUUCCCUUAUCUCAUUUCUUGCCUAUGAUCAACACUGUCCCAGUGGAGUCUACAGAUUUUGGUGAAUACGGUGAUAUGACACCACUUCUUGAACCUGAUAUUUUCAAUUCACCAAUUGAAACUGACAGCACGGACCCCUUUCACAUAACUUCAGAUCUAUCGUCAGUGCAAAGUCCUAGCUUUGGCAAAUAA